UCUCUAUCUCUUCCUUCGCCCCACUAACCCCCAAAACCGUAGUCUAUACUCCCUCUCUCUCCACCCCUAAUUAUUACCCAGUCGACGUCGACCAUGGCCGAAGAGACGUCAACCAAGGUACCCGAACCGGCCCCCGCAACGGAGGCCGUCGCCGUCGAAACGGUGGCGGUGGCGGUCGCGACCGAAGCACCCCCGCCACCUGCUCCCGUGGCGGAGGACCCUAAGAAGCCGCCGGCGGAGGAAGCGCCUCCAGCCCCCGGGGCGGAGGAGAAGAAGCCCGAGGGCGAGAAGGCCGCCGUCCCCGAGUCCGGCUCCUUCAAGGAGGAGAGCAACGUCGUCGGCGACCUUCAGGACCCCGAGAAGAAGGCCCUCGAUGAGAUUAAGCAGCUCGUCCAGGCCGCCCUCGCCAACAACGAAUUCACCCCUCCCCCGCCGCCGCCGCCACCUCCGGCCGCCCCCGCCCCGGCGGAGGAGCCCAAGGCCGAGGAGCCCGCCGCCCCACCAGCGAAGUCGGAGCCGGAGGAGCCCCCGAAGCCAGCGGAGCCGGAGGAGCCUCCGAAGCCAGCGGUGGCUGAGGAGCCCGCGGCAUCGGCCAAGGUCGAGACACCACCUCCGCCGCCGCCGGCGGAGGAAAAGGCGGUGGUGGUGGAGGAGGACGGGGCCAAGACGGUGGAGGCCAUCGAGGAGACCGUCGUCCCCGUUGUCCCCCCGGCCACGGAGGAGGUGACUCCGGCCGCCGAGCCAGAAAAGGAGGCCCCCGCUGAAGCGGCGGCGGCGGCUCCGGAGGAGGAGGUUUUCAUCUGGGGCGUCCCCCUCGUCGGCGACGAGAAGAGCGACACCAUCCUGCUGAAGUUCCUCCGCGCGCGGGACUUCAAGGCGAAGGACGCCAUGACCAUGAUCAAGAACGCCGUGAUCUGGAGGAAGCAGUUCGGCAUCGAUGCCCUCCUCGAGGAGGACCUGGGCCUCCCGGAGUUGGAGAAGGUGGUCUUCAUGCACGGCUACGACAAGGAGGGCCACCCCGUGUGCUAUAACGUCUAUGGGGAGUUCCAAAACAAGGAGCUUUAUGACAAGGCCUUCGGCGACGAGGAGAAGCGGCAGAGGUUCCUCAAGUGGAGGAUCCAGUACCUGGAGAAGGGGAUCAGGAGCCAAUUGGACUUCACUCCGGGAGGGAUUUCCUCCAUGGUCCAGGUGACCGAUCUGAGGAACUCGCCGAAGCUGGGGAAGCACCGCCAGGCCACGAAGCAGGCCCUCACCAUGCUCCAAGACAACUAUCCUGAAUUCAUUGCCAAGAAGGUGUUCAUCAAUGUUCCAUGGUGGUACUUGGCUUUCAAUAGGAUGAUCAGUCCCUUCUUCACACAGAGGACCAAGAGCAAGUUUGUCUUCGCAGGACCAUCUAAAUCAGCAGAGACCCUCUUCAAAUACAUUGCACCUGAGCAGGUCCCAGUUCAAUAUGGAGGUCUAAGCAAGGACAACGACCCUGAUUUCACCACCUCUGAUGCUGUUGCUGAAGUCACUAUCAAGCCUUCAUUCAAGCAAACAGUUGAAAUUCCAGUUACUGAGCAGCCAUGCCUUGUGGUCUGGGAGCUCCGAGUCUUAGGAUGGGAGGUGAGCUAUGGAGCUGAGUUUGUCCCAAAUGCAGAGGAUGGGUAUACAGUGAUUGUCCAGAAGACAAGGAAGUUGGCUGCCACUGAAGAGCCUGUGGUGAAGGCCUCCUUCAAGGUCAGUGAGCCCGGCAAGGUGGUUCUUAUUGUCGACAACCCUACUUCCAAGAAGAAGAAGCUCCUUUACAGAUCGAAGGCCAAGAGCUCUACUGGAUCUAUAUGAGGAGCUGCCUGCUUGCCUGAUGAACUCAAUGGAACAUAAUAAGAGAAAGAAUUAGGGGGUAUUGCUUUUACUUCAGAGGGUUAAAAGGUGUUCUUUCUUAUCUGUUAUUUUUAUUGGUUUGUUUAUUCUGGUUAAAUUAUAUUUGUUUAAUUAAGUGAGUUGGUGUUGUUGGUUUGUGAUAUAGCUUAAGAGACAUGGUUUUUUGAGGGAGAAAGGUGUGAAGAGGAGUCAUGCUGCCUAUUUAUAUCACACUGUAAAUUCUGUUGUACAUUGGCCUCUGUUGAAUACUUGAAUCUCUGUCAUAUGGGUUGCAUUGUUGGUAACUUUUCUU